CCCAGCCCACCUCUUUCUCUGUCUCUCUGUCCCUCCCUCCCUCCCUCUCUCUCUCUCGGACCCCGAUCGUGUUGUGUUAGUGUAUUAGUCAGUAAACAGUAAGAUGAGUAAAACAGAGGAGAACUCGUCAGUAAGAAGCGGAGAUGAGGAACAGGACUGGGAAGCGGCCAAAGUCUUCUUCAACAACCUGAAGAGUAAGAAGCCCAGACCUCCGAAGCCGAGCACUGCAAUUACGAUCGCCGUUUCGUCUCGGACUCUGUUCAACAUGGUGGAGGAGAGGAAGAUCUACGAGCAGGAAGGACUGGAGAAGUACGUCAACUACAACCAACAAAAUGAGAACCAACCACUCAAACCCGGAGCUGCCUUCCCCUUUGUCAAGGCGUUGAUGACGGUGAACGCUCGUCUCAGGGAGCUGUACCCCGACAGUGAGGAGCUGUUUGAUAUCGUAUUAAUGACUAAUAACCACGCCCAGGUGGGGGUGCGGCUAAUCAACACCAUCAAUCACUACGACCUGCUGAUAGAGAGGUUUUGCAUGACUGGAGGUAAGAGUCCAGUCGGUUACCUGAAGGCAUACAUGACAAACCUGUAUCUGUCUAAAGACUCGGAGAAAGUGAAGGAGGCCAUCGAGGAGGGCAUCGCAGCAGCCACGCUGUUUACUCCGGAUAAGAAGAUGGAGUUGAGUGAAUCUCAGCUCAGAGUAGCGUUUGAUGGCGAUGCCGUGCUUUUCUCAGACGAGUCAGAGAUCAUCGUGAAACAACAAGGACUCGAUGAGUUCUUUGAGCAUGAGAAGGCAAACGUGAACACACCACUUGCUCAGGGUCCUCUGAAGUGUUUCCUGGAAGCGUUGGGGAAACUGCAGAGGAAGUUCUACGCUAAGAACGAGCGGAUGAACUGCCCGAUCCGCACAUUCCUAGUGACGGCGCGCAGUGCGGCGAGUUCGGGAGCACGAGUUUUAAAAACUCUGCGCAGCUGGGGACUGGAGAUCGAUGAGGCACUGUUCCUCGCUGGAGCUCCCAAAGGUCCUCUCCUGGAGAAGAUCAAACCACACAUCUUCUUCGAUGAUCAGAUGUUCCACAUCGAGGGAGCCACGGAGACCGGCACCAUCUCUGCACAUGUGCCUUAUGGGAUUGGACAGAAAUAUCACAAAGGAAAACUUAUCGAGCAGCCGGAAAAACAGAAAUGAGAGGGUGAGAACGCUGAGUUUCAGGAUCAGAGGGGUACAGUCUGAUUAUUAGAUAUGUGCUGAUAGUUACACCAUGAUGUUUAAAAAUCUGAUCUUUUAUUUGAACAGAAAUCUGAUUAAUCUGAGUUUAGGAGAGGAAAACGUCUGAGUGUCACACAAACACUCUCCUGAGAUUAAACAGUUCUGAAUGGUUAAGGUUAGAGUAAGGGGUGGAGUUAGGAUGUGGGAGGAGUUAGGGUGAGGAGCUUUACUUACGUUUACUUACAUUUUAUCUCCUUGAUAUUAAACACACACACACACACACACACACACACAUAUAUAUAUAUAUAUAUAUAUAUAUAUACACACACACAGUGGAAUUUGGUUUUAUCAGGUGGGAAUGCGGUUAAGGUGAGGGGCGUGUUUACCAUACGAAGGUGGUUCAGAUAUGGGUGGGGUUAAGUCAAGGGGUGUGGUUAGGAUGGAGGUGGAGUUAGGAUAUUAUAUAUAUUUAUAUAUACAUAUAUAGUGGUGUCUGCCUCACAGGAAAAACAUCAGAGGUGUUUUCUAAUGUAAUCUUAACAAUUUGGAAAUUGACAAUAACUAAAAGUGUUGGUUAAUUUGGUUUAAUAAAACGAUUAAUAUCGCUGCCUGCGCUCUAAUGCUGAAAAUAUUUAAACAGGUUUAUUUUAUUUGACAGUUUCUGUGAUUAUUAUGGUCUGUAUUUUUGAGGUUGAGGUUCUCAGGUCUGUUUACUCGCUAUGAUAGUUUAUAAGGUAAUAAAAGUGGAUUUUUAUUAAAUAAUAUGGUAUAUUUAUAGGCAGUAUAUGGGGUCUCCUCUGUAGUGUUUUAUAAGUGGCAGCUGCAGUUUUUAGUUCAAUAGGAAAUAUUUAUACACAGUAUAACAGAAACCUUUUUGGAUUUAUAUUUGAUAAUAAUUACAAAGGUUAGUGCACUUAUCUGAAAAUUUCACUUUAAAUAAUUUUGACUGUUUUUACAAAAUUAACCUAAAAGUGAUGCUGUUUAGAAUAUAUAUAUAUACAUAUACAUACAUAUAUAUAAAAACAUUUUUUUUAGUGUAGAUGAGUAGUGUUGUUGUUGUUUUAAUCAGAGAAACGUUGUUGGGAACAGGAUGGAGAAAACCUACAGCACCUCUCAGAUGUUCUCCACACGGUAGAUUCUUUAUAAAAACAGUGUUGAAUGAUGGAGGAUUUUAAUCUUAAUCUCAGAGUUCCCUCUAAUCACAAACCCUCUCUCUCCACACAAUAAUCUGUUAAUUGUCUCAUUACAGAAAGUCUGUGUGAGAGUGUGUGAGUGUGUGUGUGUGUGUGUGUGAGAGAGAGAGAGUGUGUGAGAGUGUGUGUGUGUGUGAUUGAACAGUAAAUCAGAAGUGAAGAAGUUUUACACUCAGCAUCUCAGCAGAUUUUCUAAAUGAAAACUUUAUUCUAUCUUUAUUUAGAACUAAAUGUAGAACUAAUUCAUCGAAAACUAAUUUCAUGGUGGAAUUUGUUAAAUUAUUUACAUUAAAAUGUUGGAAAUACACAGACAUCGACUUUAAAGUGAGUUUAACAGGAUUGUAAAUGUUUUAAAGAAUUUAAGUAGUCUAAAUGAAAACAUUUAAGAGGUAACGAGGUGUGUGAACAUCUGACUGGUGCUGUGUUUGUAAUGUGUAUGUUAUAUACUCUAUUAGUUUAUAGACACAGUAAAGUUAUACAGUAUACAGCAGUACAGUGUUGUUGUUGUUCCCCCCACACUUUUUCCGAUUUGAUGUGUUGUGUUAUUACACAUGUUAAUGUAAUAUUUAAGGUUACUGAGUUUAUGAAACACUAAGGUCCAGGCUGAUGAGGUGACUUUAUUAACUUUACUGUAAUGAUUUUACAUAUUUAAAAAAAAAAGAAAA